AUGAUGCGCUCUGGACUCCGACGAAACCGGUCGGCCUCUUCACCCCCUUCCAGCUCUGGCAGCGAAUUGCCAGAGAUCACGACUACCGCGCGCCAACAAAGAAUCACUCGAAACCAAGGAGGCCAAAGCAGAAAACGCAAGCGAGCAAGACCAAAUGACGACGAAGAAAAUGAGGAUGACCUUGACCUCGGAGACGACCACGAUGAUGAAGACGAAAAUGAUUUGUCUGAGCGACCCAAUCUCAGCAACUUUUGCAAACUGGGCUGUGAAUGGGGAAUGCCUCGCGCUGAGGAAAGGCUCUCUUCUCUCAACCUCCCCAAAACCAACCGGCUUUCAGCGAGCGGCCUUUUUGAGGCACAGUCAUUGCAAUCGGAGUAUGAGUUGGAUAAGACUAUGCUUUGCAUUGUCUUGAAAUGUAGCCGCCGAGUUUUGGAUGAAGCUCUAUUGGAGAGCCCAUUAGCACGCGAGCCAAAUAUGUACACAAAUUAUCAAACGUACAGUCUGGUUGCCACCACUACUAUAAUGCCACCGAAAGGUGUCUCCAUAGGCUUCAAGGAGCGCAAUGCCAUAGUCGGCUCCACAUGGUCCAACUACGAAAAAGAAGAACAGGAAGUUUUCACUCCUCAAUUAUUCGAGCGACCCCUCAGCCAAGAAGACCUGGACAAAUAUGUUCCGGUAUUCAAGCGUCUAGUCAAUAUUACGAAAGUCUCACACGACUUAUACCAGGGUCGCUUGUGGAGGCACAGCGGCAAAUCAAAAAGUCGAUCACUAGAAAAGAUGAUGACACUCGAAAUCAGCAAAAUCAUACGUCACGCUCCAAAUCAUAUGCGCUCUAAACCACACGAACCAAAGCCUAUGUCAGAAGGAGCAGCCCGUCAAGCCCAAAGACGGACAGAGCUUGCAAGUGCCCUCAAUGAUUUGAUAGCCCCAUAUCUUCGUGGUGGGUAUACGGGCAGGGGUGACGCACAUCCCAAAGUUCCUAACUUGAAGGCCGGCUUUGAAGAAAAAACCUUUCGCGGCCGCGUCAAGCUCACUUUCAAUUGCACACCUCAGAGCCGGAUCACGGAGCUCAUGAUAUCCAAGGGUCCUGGGCAUCUUUCAAAUGACGAAGUAGACAUUUGGAUUGAUGACAUCAAAAAGAAAAAUUACACCAUUAUACCUGUCCGCGUGAGUGAUGUGGAAGGAGAUGGUCCAGAUGAUGAUUCCACUACGGGGCACAAUAAUGCCCAAAUCAAUUCCGCUGAAAUCAGAGUGCCCAAUGACCCCGACCAAAGCUUACUGGCAGAGUUAUAA